AUGGCUGCAAAGACUUACAGCCGCGACGAGGUCGCCAAGAACAACCACGAUGAGUCUCUCUGGUGCAUCAUUGACUCCAAGGUCUAUGACCUCACAGACUUCCUCGACGCCCAUCCCGGCGGCGAAUCUGUCCUGCGCCAAGUAGCCGGCCGUGAUGCUACCACCGAAUUCUACAACCUCCAUCGUCAGGAGGUCCUCACAAAGUAUGACAAGACCCUCGUCAUCGGCACCGUAGCCAACGAGAAACCACAAUUCACGGCUCAGCAGCCCGGCGAGCUGUCAGAAGUUCCCUACGCCGAGCCCGUCUGGCUCACCCCGCAGUUCAAGUCCCCUUACUACUCCUCCUCCCACCGCGCCUUCCAGCGCGCCAUCCGCGAGUUUACGGACAAGUAUGUGACUCCCGAGGCCAUCGCAUGCGAGGAGAGUGGCGAGUACAUCUCCCAGGAGCUUAUUGAUCGCAUGUCCAAGGCUGGCAUCCUGCACAUGCGCCUCGGGCCCGGUAAGCACCUGCAUGGUGUCGAACUGUUGGGCGGUGCUGUCAAGGGCGAGGAGUUUGAUUAUUUCCACGAUUUGAUUCUUAGCCAGGAGCUUGCACGCACCAACUGCCGCGGUUUCCAGGACGGUAACAUGGCGGGCCUUACCAUCGGCCUGCCCGUCGUCCUCAACUUCGCCAACUCGGAAGCCCUCAGGAAGCGCAUUUCCGAUGAGGUUUUCAGCGGCAAAAAGAAGAUUUGUCUAGCCAUUACCGAGGCGUUUGCCGGCAGUGACGUCGCCGGACUGAGAACAACUGCUGUGAAGACGCCAGACGGCAAGCAUUAUAUCGUCAAUGGAAGCAAAAAAUGGAUUACGAACGGUGUAUUUUCUGAUUAUUUUGUCACCGGCGUUAAGACAGAUAAGGGUCUUAGCGUGCUUCUUAUAGAGCGAGGCGAAGGCGUCAGCACGAAGCCUAUCAAGACAUCUUACUCGCCCGCCGCCGGUACGACUUAUAUAACAUUUGACAAUGUCAAGGUGCCCGUUGAGAACCUGCUGGGGCAGGAGAACAAGGGUAUCCAUGUCAUCUUAAGCAAUUUCAACCAUGAGCGGUGGACCAUGGCUUGCGCCACUGUUCGCCAAUGCAGAACCGUGGUUGAAGAGUCCAUCAAGUGGGCGAACCAACGUCUCGUCUUCGGCAAGCGGCUUAUUGACCAGCCCGUCAUCCGCCAGAAACUCGCAAAGAUGAUCGCCCUCACCGAAGCGAACCAGUCUUGGCUCGAGACCAUUACCUUCCAGAUGUGCAACAUGCCCUACAAGGAACAGGCCAAGCACCUCGGAGGCCCCAUCGGCCUGCUCAAGAUGAGCUGCACCCGCGCCGCGCACGAGAUCGCCGACGAGUCCGUCCAGAUCUGGGGUGGCCGUGGCCUUACGCGCACGGGAAUGGGCCGUGUCAUUGAGAUGUUCCACCGCACGUACAAGUUCGACGCCAUCCUCGGCGGUGCGGAGGAGGUCCUGGGUGAUUUGGGAGUCAGGCAGGCCAUGAAGUUUAUGCCCAAGUCGAGGUUAUAA